UCAGACAAACCUCUGUGUGUGUGUGUGUUACAGGGUGAGACGAAGAUCUUGAAGCUGAAGAACCUUCGUCCUCAGGAUUACGCCGGCUACACCUGCAUCUCCUCCGUCAGGAGCGUCUGUGGCAUCGGAGACAAAAGCGCCCACUUCAGUCUGAACAACAGGACAGCUCCUCCCUCCGUUAAGCUCCUCCUGGACGACCCCCUGGUGGUGAACCCGGGGGAGACGAUCACUCUGGUGUGCGUGCCGUCGGGCGGAGACCCUCCUCCCUCCCUGGUGUGGGUGAGGCCCAGAGGGGAGGAGCUCCCGAAGAAGAGCGUCGUCAACGGCGGCACGCUGACCGUCCCGGCCGUCACCGUGGACGACGGCGGCGCCUACAGCUGUGUGGCGUCGAACAACGUGGGAAACCCCGCCAAGAAGUCCACGACCAUCCUGGUCAGAGGUCUUCGUAAAGGUCGGUUCUGGAUUACUCCGGACCCGUACCACAACGACGACAACAUCCAGAUCGGCCGCGAGGUGAAGAUCAGCUGCCAGGUGGAGGCCACACCCCCCGAGGAGCUGCAGUUCGGUUGGCUGAAGAACGGCCGUCCUCUGAGGAGCUCUGAGAGGAUGGUGAUCACUCACACCGACACCGAGGUCACGCCGGGGACCACCAACCUCGACAUCAUCGACCUCAAGUUCACCGACUUCGGCACCUACACCUGUGUGGCCUCGCUGAGGAACGGAGGAACUCCCGAGAUCAGCAUCGACGUCAACAUCUCCUCCACCACAGUUCCUCCAGAGCUGUCCGUCCCCAUGGGGCGCUCUCACCUGGUGGCUCAGGAGGGCAGCACCGUGGACCUGCAGUGUCUGGUCUCUGGUAAACCCAAACCCAUCAUCCUGUGGUCCCGGGUGGAGGAGGGCGGGGGGGCGGUUCUGAUGCCGGACGGCUCGGAGCAGACGGAGAGCUACGAUGGAGUCCUGAGGGUCCACAACGUCACCAGAGACAUGAGCGGAACCUUCUGCUGCCAGACGAGUCAGUACAACGGGUUCAACGUGAAGCCCAGAGAGGCUGUGAUCACGCUGGUGGUGCAGUGUGGGUAAUAC